AGUAACUUUGGUAACAGGGUUGACGAAUGUGAUCAACACUGUACAGUUUGUGACGAUGGAUUGAGAUUAUUUUCUCGUCCUCCCAUCAUGCUGUAGAAAGAGCCCAGAUGAUGUCAGUUCCUGGGCGUCACAGUUUUAAGAUGAGGAAAAAUUCAUAAUGGGGUUGAAGGUCAAAAUUCACUUGAGUUUGUUUUCAGUGUCCCACAUUCAAGUCUGUGAAAGGGAAAGUGUGACCAACCCUUAAUAAUUAAAGUCUUAGUAAAAUAAACAUCAAUCUAAAAGUUGGUGUCAAAAUAUGGCAAUAAUUGUGUCAUCCAUUAAAAUAUUUAAUAGUUCUCACUACAGAAACAUGGUGAUUUGUCUAUAAUUUUUAAAAUAUAAUAAUUGUUUCAGGGACAUAAUAAAUAUAUAAAAAGGCAUCAGAGUAUUUAUUUCAUAGCAGUUGUCUACUUCAGUACAUGAAGGUUCACUUUUAUGUUCUUUCACUUCAUAAUCCUCAUUUUGAAUUACUUUAAUAUAAUGAAAAUGAACUAUUUUUGUAAUUUCAGAGCUGAUGGAAGUGAAGGAGGAGAAUGAAGAACUGAGUGAAGUGGAGGAGGAACAUCAUGACAAACCUGGAGAAAAACCUUUGAGUCGCUCAAAGACUAAAAAUACAUUUCUAAUGAAAAGAGACAUGAAAUCUUUCACCUGCACUCAGUGUGGAAAGAGUUUCUCAACCAAACAACAUUCUUAAGAUUCACAUGAGAGUUCACACAGGAGAGAAACCGUUCACAUGUGAUCAGUGCGGGAAGAGCUUCAAACAAAAAGGACAUCUUAAGAGUCACAUGAAAGUUCAUACAGGAGAGAAGCCAUUCACAUGUGAUCAAUGUGGAAAGAGUUCCUCAACCAAACAAUAUCUUGAGAUUCACAUGAGAGUUCACACAGGAGAGAAGCUGUUCACAUGUGAUCAGUGCGGGAAGAGUUUCACACAAAAAGGACAUCUUAAACAACACAGGAAAGUUCAUACAGGAGAGAAGCCACACACAUGUGAUCAAUGUGGGAAGUGCUACAGUCAAUCAUCACGCCUUAAAGAACACAUGAUGAUCCACACAGGAGAGAGACCGUUCACAUGUGAUCAAUGUGGGAAGAGUUUCACAUCAAAACAAAGUCUUGAGAUUCACAUGAGAGUUCAUACUGGAGAGAAUCCGUUCGCAUGUAAUGAAUGCGGCAAACUGUUUCUCUGGGCAUCAGCCAUGAAGAGACACCUGAAAGUUCAUACAAAGGAGAAGCCACAUUCAUGUUCUGUGUGUGGAAAGAGUUUUUCACAGCUGUAUAGUUUACAAAGACAUGAGAAAAUACACACUGGUGUGAGAGAGUACAUGUGCUUCGAGUGUGAGAAGACUUUUAUUACAGCAAGAUGUUUAAUACAGCACCAGAGGAUCCACACUGGAGAAGAAUUGAAAGUAAUAAGAAUGACCACGUCGGAGGCGUGUGAAGUUCCUGUGUUGGACUUGGACAUCUGCUGCGGGUCAAAAACCUUUGCGGUUACCCUUUGGCGUGACGAGGCCCUGGUGCCUUUGGGUAUUGAAGAUGAGGUCACCUUCACGCACCUUCGGGCAUCAGGUGCACUUGUGAAGUUAAAUUCAUCCUCCUACACCACCAUUAAGGUACCGUAA